AUGACCGACGCUUGCGCUGUAUUGUUCUUUCUGUGAAAGCACAGUUCUUUCACUCAUAAAGUUUUGCUUUGAACAAUUGUGUAUUUUCAAAGCAGGUUGUUAAAAUAUUUGUAUUUUAUGUGAAAUAUAAUUUAAACAUUGUAUAUUAGAGUUAAAUAAACAGUAUUGGUUAUUAAUAGCAGUUUGCUAAAAGGAAUAUUGGAGUAGUUUUAUUCGUAUUCCUGCUUCAUGUUCCAUCAUGAGUGACUAUUCAGCGGUUGCUCCGCCUCAAAAUUUUAGUCAAAGCUCCGCAUUUGCGGCAGCUUUGCAACGUGCAAAACAAAUAGCAGCAAAGAUUAACCCAGCUGGUGCUCAAAAUAAUCAGGAUGCUAAAUUAAAACGUCCCCUUGAAGAUGGAUCAGAACCUGAGGCAAAAAAAAUGGCAUCAUUAGUGUCAGAUCCAUUGAUAGGACUUCGAGGCCCAGCAGGAAGUAAUUCUUUAGGGGAAUCAAUUAAUCCAACUGGACGAUCAGGACAAGGAGGAUCUUCAUCAGGACCAAUAGGAAAUGUAGGUGGUAUCUGUAAUGAAGAUAUCAGAGUUCCAGAUAACAUGGUUGGUUUGAUAAUUGGCAGAGGUGGAGAACAGAUAACAAGAUUGCAAAGUGAAACAGGAUGUAAAAUACAAAUGGCAUCAGAAAGUGGACUACCUGAACGUGUUUGCACAUUAACUGGUUCACGAGAAGCUGUCAAUCGAGCUAAAGAAUUGGUAUUAUCAAUUGUAAAUCAAAGAAGUAGAACUGAAGGAAUUGGCGAUAUGAGUGGAAGUAGUGGAGGAAUGAUGGGUCAUCCAGGAUUUGUUGAAAUAAUGAUUCCUGGACCAAAAGUUGGCUUAAUUAUUGGAAAAGGAGGAGAAACAAUAAAACAACUUCAAGAAAAAUCUGGAGCAAAAAUGGUUGUUAUACAAGAAGGCCCUUCUCAAGAACAAGAAAAACCUUUAAGGAUAACUGGUGAUCCUCAAAAGGUUGAAUAUGCCAAACAAUUAGUAUAUGAAUUAAUAGCUGAAAAAGAAAUGCAAAUGUUUCAUAGAGGUUCAAGAGGGAGUGAUAGGAGUGGAAAUUACUCAAAUGAUAGUAAUUUUAAUCAUGGUUCUGGAACCACUGAUGGAGUAGAGGUACUUGUUCCAAGAGCUGCUGUAGGUGUUGUUAUUGGUAAAGGAGGAGAUAUGAUUAAAAAAAUACAAGCAGAAACUGGAGCAAGAGUUCAAUUCCAACAAGGGCGAGAAGAUGGUCCUGGGGAUAGAAAAUGUAUAGUAUCUGGAAAGCAUCAAGCUGUAGAACAAGUGCGUCAACGUAUUCAAGAACUUAUUGAUAGUGUAAUGAGAAGAGAUGAUGGUAGAAGUAAUAUGGGAACAAGAAGUGGUCCAAGAGGCAAUGGAUUUAGCAAUAAUCGAAAUCCAAAUGAAUAUGGUGGAUGGGAUAGACGUCAAGGAGGUCCUAUGCAAGAUAAAAUAGAAACGACAUUUACUGUUCCAUCUUCAAAAUGUGGUAUCAUUAUUGGAAAAGGUGGUGAAACCAUUAAACAAAUAAAUCAGCAAACUGGAGCACAUUGUGAAUUAGAUAGAAGAAAUCAAAGUAAUGAAAACGAGAAAAUUUUCAUAAUUCGUGGAAAUCCCGAACAAGUGGAACAUGCAAAAAGAAUAUUUAGUGAAAAAUUAGGCAUGGCUCCAGCUAAUACUUCAUUUACUGGUACACAAGGAGCAAUUGGAUAUAAUCCAACAUGGAAUGCAGGAACAGCUUAUCAAGCUUGGCCAAGUCAACCUCAGUCUACUGAUACAAAUACUGCAAGUCAAACACCUGUUCAAGUAAAUCCACAAACGGGACAACCGGAUUAUAGUGCACAAUGGGCAGAAUAUUAUCGAUCACUAGGUAUGCAUAGAGAAGCAGAUAUGAUCGAACAACAAGCAAAACAAGGAAAACAAGAUCACAAUCAACAAUCAGGAAAUACACAGAAUCAAUCUAAUACAUCAACACCUAAUGCUGCUGGAUCUACUCAACAACAACAACAACAAACACAACAACAACAACAGACGGGAGCAACACAGAAUGGCGGUCAAGCCGAUUAUAGUGCACAAUGGGCAGAGUAUUAUAGAAGUAUUGGUAAAAUAAAAGAAGCAGAAGCUAUAGAAGCUCAAAUGAAAGCAGGCAAGUUGGGAAUACAAAACAAUCAAAUUGCUCAACAACAAAUACAACAAAGUAUACAAAGUCAAUCCGGUCCAACAAGUGGGACUCCUAAUACAUUUCCACAAACUUAUGGUAGUUAUCCAACAAUAAAUGCUAGUUCAACUCCUACGGGUUAUUAUGCAGCAGGAGCUGGUUCUACCACACAGCCACAAACUGGUCAACAAAAUCCGUCUUUCCCAACGGGCUAUCAGAACUAUCCUUAUUCACAAACGAAUACAGAAAGUUAAACUUCCAUCAGGAAAAAUAUUAGCUUUAUGACUUAAAUCGGCCAUGGUCUGGUAUGAUUUUAAGUAAUAUAUGUAUUUCAUAAACAAUUAUACAUCUAUUUUUUUUCUACAUCAUUGAAUUUUGAUGUGUUUCUGUUUAUCGUCUAAUACACGAUUAAAUGUAAUUAAUAAUAAUAAUCAUUACAAAUAUGUUAUUACACAAACAAUAUUAAGUAAUUAAAAUCAACGCAUUGUUUUUAUUUUAUAUUACAGCAAAAAAAUUUUAUAUUUAUACUCGUGUUUUGGCAGUAUAUUUUAUAAUUCAAGUAAGUAAAAUUAAACAAUAUUUCAUUUUUAAAUAAUUAUAAAGGAUUAAACAAAUUUAUAUAAGAUUUGAAUAUAAUUAUUAAUACAAGGUAUACAAUUUUUUUAAGUUUUAUUCAUUAUAUUUUUGCAAUUAUAAACAUAUAAAAAUAAUGAAAAUGUUUCAGGAAUGAAGAUAAUCAUUUUUUAAUCUUUCUGAUGAAGAAAUUCAACUAAUGGAUAUUUGAAAUGUUAAGUUUUAAAGAAAAGCAAAUUGGUUUAUAACAGGUUUGUAAAAUUAUUAAUUUUUGACAGAGAGGAAAACAAAUUCUUUAAUAAAAAAUAUGUUCUAAGAUUUAAUUAUUUAUUAUACAUAAAAUAAUUGCCAAUUAAUUAUUUCAUUAAGAAUUUCAACUUUUAAUAUUUUUAUGAGCGUUUUGUUUAGAAUAUAUGUAUUAUCAUAUAUAUAUAUUUAAAACAAUUUAUACUCUAUCCAUGCAUUGUAUGUAAAUUUACUUUAUACAUAUGUACAUAUGUAAUUAACUUAAUAAAAGCUAUGUAUAUAUAUGUGUAUCAAACA